AAUGAGGGGUGGGAGGAGUAAACAACAGCAUAACUGAAUUAGUGGCAUACGGUUAGUUAUGGGGGCGAGUGUAAGCCUUGAAAUACAACAAUAUCCCCAUCGGAUCUAGUCUGGAUAGAUAAACCCCGCCCUCGCUGACGCUUCAUAUAUACAUGAUCGAUCGAUCCAGCCUUUCAAAAUGGCUUGCAAGUGCAUGGAAAGUGUUCUUGUCAUGGAAGCGCGACACAAAUUAUUCUUUAAUUUUAAUAAAAGAAGAAUGAUUAAGAAGAGGAAGAAUCUUUAUUUUUCUUCUUCUUUUUCCACCAUUCCGCUUUUUCUUAAGGGAUGGCGAUCUCCACCUCCACCUCCCACUAAUUGCAUUUUCAGCAUGGAUGUACGAGAGAAAUCCAGAUCGACAUUAUCUGAGUGUUCAAAGCACAGGAGGGUUCCCAUAUACGUCAUGAUGCCCGUAGACUCAUUUGGUAUCGAUACCCUUGGGGUUCCAAGAAUAAGGAAGAUCAAGGCCCUAACUAUAUCUUUAAAAGCACUUAAGUUGGCAGGCGUCCAUGGUAUUGCAGUUGAGGUUUGGUGGGGAAUCGUCGAAGGUACAUCACCUUUGGCAUAUAAUUGGUCUCUCUAUGAGGACCUUUUUAAACUGAUAGCGGAUGUUGGGUUAAAAUUACAAGUGACAUUAUCCUUCCACUCAAAUCUGCAUUUAUCACAACCAGGACGAGGUGUUAGUCUUCCACAAUGGAUCAUGGAGAUUGGUAAUAUUAAUAAGGAUAUAUUUUAUCGGGAUAGGAAUGGGAAUAUCAAUGGCGAUUAUCUCACUCUAGGAGUUGACCAUUAUCCUUUAUUUGGGGGACGGACUGCCUUACAAUGUUAUGAAGACUUCAUGUUUAGUUUUGUAGACAAAUUUGGAUCAAUGAUCGGGACCUUAAUAGAAGAGAUCAGUGUUGGUCUUGGUCCAUGUGGGGAACUUAGGUAUCCUGCUCACCCCUUUGGUGACGGUAGAUGGCAAUUCCCUGGAAUUGGAGAGUUUCAGUGUUAUGAUAAGUAUAUGAUGGAAGACUUACAGAGGGCUGCGUGCCAGGUAGGAAAGCCUCAAUGGGGAAGUAAGGGUCCUCAAAAUGCAGGGGGCUAUAACAGUAUUCCUUUUGGGAUCCCAUUCUUUGAAGAGGGGCAAGAGAGUUUCCUUUCUGAUUAUGGCCAAUUUUUCCUUGAAUGGUAUAGUGGUAAACUGAUCGGUCAUGCAGAUGCAAUUCUUGCAAAAGCAGCAAAAUUGUUUGAGAUAUAUGAAGCCAGUGAACAACAGUCCGUUUUAUUAGUGGCUAAGGUUGGUACUAUCUACUGGUGGUUCAAGACAAUAGCCCAUCCUGCUGAACUGACUGCUGGUUACUACAACACAGCCAUCAGGGAUGGAUAUGAUCCUUUGGCAUCGAUGUUAUCUCGCCAUGGAGCUACACUGCAAAUUGCCUGCUUUGAGAUGCUGGACAGUGAAAACCCUCCAAAAUAUUUUUGCAGUGCUGAAGGAUUACUUCAGCAGAUAAGGAGUGUAUCAAAAAAGAGAGUAAUACAUUUGACAGGAAGGAAUUCUUAUGAACGAUUUGAUAAGGCUGGAUUAAGGCAAAUACACACAAAUUGUUAUCAUUUACCGACUGAAGCUGUAAAGUCAUUCACAUAUUUUAGAAUGAAUGACAGAAUCUUUAGAGUUGAAAACUGGAGCAACUUUGUGCCAUUUGUGAGAAAGAUGUGUAUGGAAAGGUGAAGGCGCACGUGUGACAAGUUUGGCAUAAUAUUGCUGCCUUCAAAAUUUACUUUUUAGGAAUGGGUAUAUACAGGGGUGGACAGACCCAGUUAUUGGUGGUCUCAAGCCUAGGUCUUGAUGCGUUUAUUUAAUUUUAAUAUAAAUUAGUUUUCUACUUAUUAGUUGAUUAGAUUAGAUAUAGAGUAAAUUAUAGAGUCUGUGCCCUCUCAAUUUCGUUAGACUUGUAAACUAAUUUAAUUCACUUUCAUGAAAAAACACUCUGAGCUUGACUCUGUACAAUAAGAAAUCAUAAGGUAUCUAUUGUAACUUCUUUAGAAA